UUAAAACAACAGGGCGAACAGUAGUCGGUACGGUGGACUUGCCAGGCACAGGGUGUAGUCUGCGUCUUUCAUCUGGGAUAGUGCAACGGAGCCAAGUGUUUGGGUGUUUUUGUUGCUUUAAAGUCGUUUUUUAAACUCCAAGAUACCCCGUUUUGUUGGGUGCCGUUGAGUUUUGUAAAGCAACUUAAAACCACAGUGAUGUUUGAGACCAGUCAGGAUGACCUGUUUCUGUUCCCCACUCAAAGCCAGAAUGAGGCCUUCUUCCCGGAGGAGGGUUUAGGCGGUGGGAGCUUGUCUCUUGCCGAGGCCUUGCUUCCCCUAGUUGAGUCGCCAUCGCCCCCAAUGACGCCCUGGCUCUGCUCCACCCGCUAUAAGACCGAACUGUGCAGCCGCUAUGCUGAGACUGGUACCUGCAAGUAUGCUGAACGCUGCCAGUUUGCCCACGGCCUCCAUGAUCUCCAUGUACCCUCCCGUCAUCCCAAGUACAAAACCGAGCUGUGUCGUACCUACCACACCGCUGGCUACUGCAUUUAUGGCACUCGUUGUCUCUUUGUGCACAGCCUUAAAGAGCAGAGGCCCACCCGUCCCCGUCGCAAGAAUGUGCCUUGCCGUACCUAUCGUGCAUUUGGGGUUUGCCCCUUUGGUACCAGAUGCCACUUCCUGCAUGUUGAGGGUGGCUCCGAAUCAGAUGGUGGAGAGGAGGAGCGAACCUGGCAGCCUCCAUCACAAUCCCAUGAGUGGAAGCCUCGAGGUGCCCUCUGUCGCACCUUCAGCUCAUUUGGUUUCUGUCUGUAUGGCACCCGUUGUCGAUUCCAACAUGGGCUUCCGAACGCUAUCAAAGGUCUUCACUCCAACCACACAUCCUGGCCUCAUCAGAUGACCAAUGGGGGAUCUCUUUCACCUGCCUCCGACAUGUGCUCUUCACCAUCUCCUCCAUCCUCAUCCCCUCCAUCUGCGUUGGCUUCGCCGGUGUACCCUGAUGGCUCUGGUCCAGUCACUCCACCAUCGGUGGAAGUGGCCAACAAUGCUUUCACCUUCAGCAGUCAACAUCUGAAUGAUCUGCUGCUCCCUCUCGCCCUUCGGCUCCAGCAGUUGGAGUAUGCUGCCAAUGCUGGUCCUCAAGACACUCUGGACAAGCCACGGUUGCCAUGAAGUCUGUGGCAUGAUCCUAAAUGAUAAAGCUUUAUCUGUGACUGAAUUCAUAUUUAACCUUGUUUUUAUUUUGUUUUUUAGUUGUGUACAGUGUCCCUUUGCUACUCGUUUUUAAACCGCCUUUUGAGACCGAUUCUUAAACGUUUGCUUUUUAUUUCUUCAAGUCUGUCAUGUACUUCUGAGGCCACUUAUUUUUGACGGACUGAAUGAAGCCCCUGGAAGUGUAAAAUUUAGACUUUAUUUUACUGUUGUGUGUGUGUGAGACUUAUUUCACUAUGCUUGUUUCUAAUUUAAGGAUUUUUAAACUCCAUGACCUUUAAAUUAUUUUGGAAACAUCAGCAUCCAUGGAUCUCAAUAAAACCUCCUAAAAGGA